GCAAACUGUACAGCAAGUACAGCAUGUCUACCCAACCCAGGUUCAGUAUGUGGAAGGAAGCGACACAGUCUACACUAAUGGAGCUAUUUUUGUGUUGAAAGCUCACGUUGUAUUCAGUGACGUUAAAACCUAUGAGUUACUGGUUUCCAUAGCAUCACCUCAUCCGGUUGGUAUAGCCUGCAUCUUUUGGUUUCCAGAUUAAUUCGUUUUUAUUAUAGUUAGUUUAAGAGCUCUUUGCUGAGUUGCAAUUAUCGUUGCAUGUAAUAAUAACACUUUUAUCUCACUUUUAAUUACAUCAUUGAUCUCUGUUGCUGAAGAUUUGCUUUAUGAUCUCCAAUAAUCAGGUGUACAAGAAGAACCUGAUGUAAACCUGGUUGUUGGAACAAAUAUGUUUAUCUCAAAGUCCAACCCAUCUAUCUAUCCCAAAGAUCGCUCUUGGUGCAGUCAUAAGAAGUAGUUACAAGCAGAUUUAGGUGUUGCAAUACAAUCAGUCCUUAUUUAGGGACUGUACAUGAUUUGUAGAUCAGAACAAGGUAAAAGCAAACAGAUAUUUCCUUUUCCCUAUCCUUUCCACAGGGAGUGACUUACUUGUCUUCUGAAACAUUGAGCACUUUCUAGACUUUGCAUUUGUACAAAGUACUACUUCUUUAAUUUCAUUUCUGCAAGUGUGGUAUGUCUUGCUUAUGUCCUUUGUGGACAGUCUGUUUCUUUUAUCUGUAUCUGUUUUUACCAUCAUCAGCACCUUUCAUUCAUUGCCAUAUUGUACUGGUACCUCAUAGGAUAUUUCUCCUUUGGGAGAAAUUACAGUGCUUACUUCCUUCACAAGCAUUUUGCUGAACUGUUUAUUCUGCACUUCCACUACUACUUUUUCCUAAACUGACCCUUACUGCAUUGGAGUAAAUUCUGUAAAUUCAAUAAAUUGUAUGUUUCCAAGGCAGAUGUAACACCAUCUCUGCUAGCAGUUAUCUUUUACAUCACAAGGGAAGCAAUAUUUCAAUGCUAUCACAAGGUUUCACAGUGAUACCUUGGCUUGAUCAAACAGGUGAAUCAGGACUGCAUGAUGCUUAAAUAUAUGCAAAGGCUACUGCAAUGCAAAGAACUGGUUUUACUUUUCCAAAGAAAUAAUAGAUUAGCUGCCUACUUUAGUGCUGUUUCCCAAAUGAACUAUUUUGCUUUGUUUUCAGGAGUCUGCAAGGCAUUUCUUGUAGAUUAACUUUCAAGUUUCAUACUGCUGAUUUUGAAGCUUUUGCAAUACCCAAAAUAAAAAAGAAUUUUAUUAACUUAAAGAGGGUUGAGAGGAAAUAAUAUAGUAUGAGCUUUGUAAAACUUUCAGGAUUUGAAAUCUAGUUCUGAAAUUUCUCUAAGUCUCUGAAGUCUGUGGUGAUAGUAAAAAUUCUGACUUUGAUUGUUGAUAAGGUGCUAUAUGUUCUUCACUUCUCUUAAAAGUAAUGAUUCUGAAGCAAAAGAUCAUUAUCUCUGAGUCUAUUGUUUACUAAGCUUUCAUAAUUUAAAAAGAAAAACAGAACAAGCUGUAAUUUUCUAUUACCUUUCUCUGUUUUAAUAAGGAACUAAUCCUUGUGUAGAUAAAUGGAAAAAAACACUGACUUCUCAGCCUUGGACAGAUGUACUAAUGAUCUACCAACUGUAUAAAUACUGAAUGCUGCCUCCUCUUGUAAUCUUGGAUAGAAAUGUCAGAAAUUUUUUGUCAUAUUUAGUUGCAUGGUUUUGCAUGAUUUUGUGGUUUCUACGAUUAUAAUAAACUGUAGGCUUAUGCAGAAAUUUGGCAACUCUUGUCUUUUCUCAGAAUCCUACUAGAUUUAAAUUGUAUUUAUUUGGACAGACUGUAUCUCAACAUAAGCAAAUCCAAGUUAAUGAGUGUUGUCAGUUGAUUACAGGCAACAUUACAGAUUUUUAUGCUUAAGGAAUAAAAUUAAUGGUUAAAUAAACUGAUUAUUUUCUUUUCUUUGGCAUUUCUAUUGUCCUACUUGCUAAAAUACAAAACUUAGCUACUGUGAAACAAGAUGAAAUUUUCAGGCAGAUUUUUCAAAAAUAAGGUAUUUUGCUUUGAAGUAAUGAAUACUAUACAGUUAAUAAUUUUGAAAUGUAUUUUGGUGAAGAAAGCUAGUACAUAUUCAAUAAUUGGUGAACAAAGGAGUGAGUACUUAUUCAAUAAUUAUGAAUAGAUUAUAACCCAUGCAAGGUAAUGAUUUAAUAUAAGUGAUUAAGAAUUUGAAACAUGAUAAAAAGUUUCAGACUGAAUAGUUUAAAGAGUAUACUCAUUAAUGGGCCAUGAAUAUUUCAUGCUCAAAAAUAAUUUUUAAAAUGUUCUUGCUGCAUACCUUCUUUAAUCUUUGUAAGCUUUUUACAAAUGUCAUAAUUCUCAUUUGGUUUUAUUUCUUCAGUGCAGUUUUUCAUCAUAGUACAAAUUCAUGUUCAAUUUUAAAUUCACCCUGUAAAAAUAAACAUAUUAAAAUACCAUUAAGUUCUGAAUUUCAAGCUUUAACUGAGAGGUAUAAAAACAUUUAAAAUCAAUAGUUAACAUGGAAUUCUUGAACACUGAGCUUUCUUGGCUGAGAUUUACAUAAUUUGUUUGCAAUUUUGCAUCUUAGUAUGGAAAGUACAUAGCGUAUGAUUGAAAUUCUGUAUUUUAUGGUAGGAUUGUAAAAAGUUGAAAUGGGUGGAGCUUUACAGUUUUUGCUCUAUAUUAAUUAUUGUAUGAACUCUUCCUGUCCAUCUUCUUAGUUGUUGUCAUACUUCCUUUCUUUGAUCCUCUUCAGGUAAGGCUGACAAACUUUUCUGCAAGGCUUGGUGAAUACUUGUUUUAAUAUUUUUACUGGAUUAGUUACUUGGUGCAUUUAUUUGCAGAAAUGUUAUUCUCUGAGAAGGGAUUGUUUGCCAAUCUUUUUUAAUUUGGCGAUGGCAAUUGCAGAUAUGUACUAGAAAUACAACAUUUCCCUCAGCUCAAUGAACAAUACAAAUAAUUUAUUUUCCUUUUGUUUUCUUUUCUUGAAGCCGAUCAACAACUUAUCCUUACACAGAAACCCAGAUGUACAGCCAAAACACUGGGGGAAAUUAUUUUGAUACUCAAGGAAGUUCUGCGCAGGUGACAACAGUGGUCUCCUCUCAUAGCAUGGUGGGCACUGGAGGGAUUCAGAUGGGUGUCACAGGAGGACAACUCAUUAGCAGCUCAGGAGGGACCUAUUUGAUUGGCAAUUCAAUGGAAAAUUCUGGUCAUUCAGUGACUCAUACAACACGGACUUCCCCAGCUACAAUUGAAAUGGCGAUUGAGACACUGCAAAAGUCUGAUGGUCUGUCCACUCACAGAAGCUCUCUUCUCAACAGUCAUCUUCAGUGGCUUUUGGACAAUUAUGAAACUGCAGAAGGAGUGAGCCUCCCUAGAAGUACCCUUUACAACCAUUACUUACGACACUGUCAGGAGCACAAGCUGGAUCCAGUCAAUGCAGCAUCCUUUGGAAAACUCAUACGGUCAAUUUUCAUGGGGUUACGGACAAGAAGACUUGGAACUAGGGGAAACUCCAAAUACCAUUACUAUGGGAUUCGUGUCAAGCCAGAUUCUCCUCUUAAUCGACUACAGGAGGACAUGCAAUAUAUGGCUAUGAGACAGCAGCCCAUGCAGCAGAAACAGAGGUAUAAGCCCAUGCAGAAAGUGGAUGGAGUUGCAGAUGGCUUCACAGGAAGUGGUCAACAGACAGGCACAUCUGUUGAACAAACUGUAAUUGCCCAAAGUCAACAUCAUCAGCAGUUUUUAGAUGCAUCUCGAGUACUUCCAGAGUUUGGUGAAGUUGAAAUAUCUUCCCUACCAGAUGGUACAACCUUUGAGGACAUCAAAUCACUGCAGAGUCUUUAUCGAGAGCACUGUGAGGCAAUUCUGGAUGUGGUAGUGAAUCUUCAAUUCAGCCUGAUAGAAAAGUUGUGGCAAACUUUCUGGCGCUAUUCUCCCUCUACUCCACCUGAUGGUACUACUGUUAAUGAACCUAGCAAUCUGAGUGAAAUAGAAAGUCGACUUCCAAAAGCAAAACUGAUUACUCUGUGCAAACAUGAAUCUAUUCUGAAAUGGAUGUGUAACUGUGAUCACGUGAUGUACCAGGCUUUGGUGGAGAUUCUCAUUCCUGACGUCCUUAGACCUAUUCCUAGUGCCUUGACCCAAGCCAUUCGCAAUUUUGCAAAAAGCCUUGAAGGUUGGCUUUCAAAUGCCAUGAACAAUAUUCCACAGAGGAUGAUACAAACCAAGGUUGCCGCUGUAAGUGCCUUUGCCCAGACUCUGCGAAGAUACACAUCUCUAAACCACCUGGCUCAAGCAGCUCGUGCUGUUCUUCAAAACACUUCUCAAAUCAACCAGAUGCUCAAUGAUCUUAACCGUGUUGAUUUUGCCAAUGUUCAGGAGCAGGCUUCCUGGGUGUGCCAGUGUGAUGACAACAUGGUUCAGAGGCUAGAAACAGAUUUCAAAAUGACUCUUCAACAGCAAAGCACUCUGGAGCAGUGGGCUGCCUGGCUUGAUAAUGUUAUGAUGCAAGCCUUGAAACCAUAUGAAGGAAGACCCAGCUUUCCUAAAGCAGCACGGCAAUUUCUGUUAAAAUGGUCUUUCUACAGCUCAAUGGUGAUUCGAGACCUAACCUUGCGCAGUGCUGCUAGCUUUGGCUCUUUUCAUCUGAUCCGUUUGCUUUAUGAUGAAUACAUGUUUUACUUAGUAGAACAUCGUGUUGCUCAGGCCACAGGAGAGACACCUAUUGCAGUUAUGGGAGAGUUUGGUGAUUUAAAUGCUGUGUCCCCUGGAAAUAUGGAUAAAGAUGAAGGCAGCGAAGUUGAAAGUGAAAUAGAUGAAGAAAUGGAUGAAAAUGGAGAGCCGCAAGCAAAGAGAGAGAAAACAGAGCUAAACCAAGCAUUUCAGGUGGGCUGCAUGCAGCCAGUGCUUGAGAGUGGAGUACAGCAGAACCUCCUGAACCCAAUUCAUAAUGAGCACAUCGUUGCAACUACUCAGACUAUCAGACAGUGCAGUGCUACUGGAAAUACAUAUACUGCAGUCUAAUGUGAAACUUCUCCCCUCCCCCCAUCAUUACAUUAGCCCUUUGGGUUUAAGAGGAAAAAAAAUAAAAGAGAAAAAAAGUCUGAAAAUCGACUGUUGUUAAAUUUCAGCUGUACUGAGCAUUAUUUUAUUGGAGUCAUUAAAUGGUAUGGGUGUAAACAUUUUGCCAGACCUGUUUAAAAAAGAUUUUCUUGUAAACAGGAUCAUUUUACAUUGGCCACUCAAUAUGAAGAGUUUUCUUAUAAUCAAAUGCAAGAAAGAUUUUUGCAAAGCUUGGUGUUAAUGUUUUUGUCCUCUUAUAAUAAUUUAAUUUUUUUCAUAGUUUUUUUUAAAUAUUUUAAUGUUCAUUAUUGGUUAUGGUGAUGAUUUCAUAUACAUAGGUUUUUAAAUAGAUGCACUUCUGUGAAAUAUCAAAAGAACUAUUUUCUUUGAUUUACACUGGAGGCAUACUUAUUUGACAACAGAUGUAUCAAGUUUGUUAUAAAAGGUGCUUUUCCGUGGACAACUAGAAGACACUAUUUUGAUAAAAUUGUGAGUAUUCAGGGGGAUUUUUUGUAAUAAUGUUGAAGAGUUGAGAAGAUAUACUAGUUUCUUUCUGUGAGAAAGAAGCAAGUUUAAAUGGCAGAAUUGUAACAAUGUGAUAAUGUGUACGUACGUAACGAACGUACCUAAUUAUCUGACCAUCAUGUUAAGAAUGCAAGGUUCAUUAAAAAUCAACAGUUCCAGGUAUUAUUUGCAUACCAGUUCCUCUGUUUUGAAGACUACUGAUACUAAAUGUGGUGCCACUGAACAGGUACUUUUGGCUGUUGAGUGGUACUGUAGUUGUUAGAAGCUGAAGCUGAAAAAGAAGUGACUUAAUUAUUACUGUUAAUUUUUAAGUGUACAUGCUACUUAAGCUGGACUGGACAUACAGGAAAAUAUUCCAUUUGGAUGACUUUCUUCUAUUCCAGGUCUUUUCGUAUUAGUGGUUCAAUCUGCUGCUCUUAGAAAAGAUAAUUUAUAGAAUGCAAGGAAUGUAGCAACCUGCAUCAUUUUCCUUUCACAAAAAUAUUUCCUUGUUGUUACAGUGGAUUUAAACUUCUACAAAAAAUUAGGUAAGGCAGUGUAACUGGCACACCUCACUUUUACUUAUUCCCAGUUGUGUAGAAUUUGAAUAGGUGGCUAGAUGGACCAUUGCCAUUUAAGAAUGUACAUCAGGGAUCAUUGUACCUCGGCUAUUACAUGGUGCCUUAAACAGAACUGAAGCUAAGACUUAGUACUUUUUGUUAUUCUUAACUCUUAAAUUAAUUCAACAAGGUGUGCCUGUCAUUUUCAAAUUCCCUAAGAAGUAAGGACAGGUUACAUAGCCUUCAAAAUAAUAAAAUGAUUUUUUAUUAUUAAAUGAUUUUAAUAUCCCUCUUAGAAUGACAAUAAACCUAUUUUUUCUUGUUUCUAGCUGGAUUUCACUUUAUUACAAAUAAAAUUUGCUUGGGAAUCUGGAAGGCAAAACUAGCUUUAAUACCACAUUCAGAUGUCAAGAUAGAUUGACUAUAGUCCCAAGCAUGAUUAUAUAUAUUUUUAGACCCAUGUCUACUUCUAAUUUUAAAAGGUAAAAAUGAAUAAAUGAGCAGGUACAUAAUGCAGUGCAUGUUUUCAAUUUGUAUGUUUUGUGGGGUAUCAGCCUGAUUUUACAUUUUAAUGGCUCGAUCUCGUAUUGACAGUUUAUAUAAAGCAUACAUUAAUUGCCAUUUUUAUUCUUAAAUAUUUCAUUAUGCAGACACAUGAAUUUGCCACGUUAUAUAGGGCAUUGAGUAAGAAAAAAAGAAAAAAAAGAAAAAAAAAGCCAAAAA